CUAAAACCCCAAAACCUUGAUGAUAUUUUUGUAACCCUAUAAAAAGAGGUCCGUAAGAUAUCUGUGAUACCAACCUCAUUUUAAGCUUCUCAAAAGCUUAAACCCUAGCCGCUCCUAAACCUCACUCUCUCUCUCUCUUCUUUCUCUCUCUUCAGAUUAUUGUCGAAAAUGGCGUUCCUAAACAGAAUUGGCAGCAUACUUGGUCAAGGCAUCUCACAAACUUCCAACUCAUUUAUGAUGACUGCUAUUCGAUGCAUGUCUUCUUCAAAGCUUUUUGUUGGAGGUCUUUCGUUCGCAACUGAUGAUGGCUCAUUGAAGGAUGCAUUUGCCAAUUUUGGUGAAGUAGUAGAUGCUAGGGUUAUCACUGAUAGAAACACCGGAAGGUCUAGGGGAUUUGGGUUUGUCAACUUUGCAGAUGCUGAAGCCGCAAACAGUGCAUUGUCUGCCAUGGAUGGCCAGGAUCUUAAUGGACGCAACAUCCGUGUGAGUAUUGCAAAUGAGAGGACACCAGGUCCUCCCCGAGGUGGAGGCGGUGGCUACGGAGGCGGCGGUUACGGAGGCGGCGGUUACGGCGGCGGAGGCUACGGUGGUGGCAGUGGCGGAGGCUAUGGUGGCCAAUCCAGAUCAAAUGACGAUUUUUAAUGAUAAGUAAAACUGCGAAUGUUCAUAGCAAGUGGCUGUAGCCUGUAGGAAAUGGAUGCAAUUUAGGUUCUUUUAUUUGCUUCUAUUUUGAUGGUUGUUCUCUUAGCUACUGCUUUGCAAUUCGGUACAACUUUCGCUGCUGUGGUUUUCAAGUAUGAUUGAUAUGAUGAUGAUACUGCAAUACUUGUAUUUGUCUGAUUAAUAUCCGCAAAUCUGUCGAGUCUGAGAGCUUAGCUGGUGUCGACGAGGCUCUGUUAUGCUUGGCUCACUAGUAUGGCACAAAAUUUAGGUAGAUUUUAUUUAUUUCUUUCAGAUUCAAUUCACUGGUCAGCCAUACAGUUGAAUAUUUUAUCCAAGGCUUGUUCGAAUUCUAUAAAGGUUUUAUUCUGGAGCUAUUUAUAGAUAACAUUUGAGUGCGUACUUUGGCAA